UCGUUCUGAUUGUGCACCUGUCACCAUGGUUGAGACCCGUAGUGGUAUAGACACUAGCCCCUACACAAAGGAGCAGCAAGAAAGAUGGCCGCCUUAGUGAAAGAGAACAGGGAGAGGAAAGAGCGUGAGAAGCAGGCGAAGUUAAAGGCUAUCGCAGAGGAGCAGGCGGCCAAGAUGAAGGAAUUGGAGGAGGAGAUGGAGAAAAAGAAGAAAGCUGCUGAAGAAGAAGCUGCAGCAGAAGAAGAAAAAGAGAGAAUGCGUAUUGAGAGUAGAGAGGGAAGUAGUGGCACAAAGAGGGACACAUACGUAGAGAUGGAGAGGAAAAUAAGUAAGUGGGUUGCUAAUUUAUCGUUGGGAAAAGAUAAGGAGGCAGAGUCCUAUGUGACUCAGGAUGAGAGGGAAGCGCUGGCCAAUGAGCUAGCAGCAAUGGAAGAUCCGAUGGAACGGCGAGAAAAGGAGGAGGAGCAGAAGUUAGCAUGGAAGUUGAGGAUGAAGAGGGAGAAGAAGAGGAGGAGAGAGGAAGUGAACAGACUGACCACAGAAGUGGCAAAAGUGCAAGAGUGUAGGAAGGAAGUGUUGGCCCAGGCAUAUGACAAGGCCAAAUGGGAUAAGGUAUUGGGCUACCUAGAGGUGCUGAGCAAAGCUUGGAUGGAGGAGCGCCAGGCCAGUUGGAGCCAAGACGUAGCCUUGAGUGCCAUGCGGUCAGGGUUUAGGGAGUUUGCGCGCGAGAUAGUCACCCACAUUGGGGGCGAAGUCAAGCAGUUGAGAGACAAUGUGGGGAAGUUUUGAGAAGGCGCUAUUGAGGGCGCCAAAGCGAUAGCCGAUGUAGAGGGCGAGGCUAGACCCCGU